AUGUACAUGGACAGCAUUAUGGGUGCUGUCCAUGUAUAUACUAUGGCUGCCGACCAUGUCUAUAUCAUGGGUGCUGCCCAUCACAACCAGACACAACUCCCAGCCACCACCUGCCCCCAACACAACUCCAAGCCACCAACACAACUCCCAGCCACCACCUGCCACCAACACAACUCCCAGCCACCACCUGCCCCCAACACAACUCACAGCCACUCUGACAUAACUCUCAGCCACCCCAGUCACCCGAACUACACACCCAGAAACAACGACCGCCUAGCACACUCUGACACCCCCUGCUCAGCUACAGCCCCAGCACACCUCCCAGCCACCCCCUGCUCAGAUACAGCCCCAGCACAACUCCCAGCCACCCCCAGCUCAGAUACAGCCCCAGCACAACUCCCAGUCACCCCCAGCUCAGAUACAGCCCCAGCACAACUCCCAGCCACCCCCUGCCCCAGCUCACUCCGGGUGCAAGCUUACAUUGCUCUUAGCAAGCACACAGAUACAGACAGCAAGCUUUUACAAACACACCUGGAGCAGGAUACAGUGUUACAAGCCACCAGCAUCACUGGAGACAAACACAGGCUGCCUGCAGCGAGACCCCCACCUGGAUCCAGAUACAGACUGUCUACAGAGAGACCCCCACCUGGAUCCACCAACCUAGAGAGAGACCCGCACCUGGAUCCACCAGCCUCCAGAGAGACCCCUUCCUGGAUCCAGAUACAGACAGACAGCUUCCAGAGAGACCCCCUUCUGGAUCCACCAGCCUACAGAGAGACCCCCACCUGGAUCCACAUACAGGCUGCAAUCUACUACAAACCACCCCUACCUGGAGCAGGAUACAAUCUUGCAAGCUUCUAGAAGACUACUGCUAGCUGGUACUGGGGGACCCAGCAGUAUUUCAGCAUUUCUAGAACAGCCUUAGCUGGAGCCAAGGAGGAGAUAAAGGGGCAGGACAGUGCUUCAAGCUCCUAGGAGAUCAUCCCUGUUUGGAGAAGGGGGGGGGGGUCGGUGCAGUGUUUCAAGCGUCUGGGAGACCACCAGACCUGGAGCAGAGGGGACUUCUGGAUGAGCACAAACAGCUGGAGCAGAUAGGACAUUUCUGGAAGACCUCCCUUAGUUGGACCAGAGGGGACAGAUCUGGAAGACCUCCCUUAGUUGGACCAGAGGGGACAGAUCUGGAAGACCAUCCUUAGUUGGACUAGAGGGGGCAGUUCUGGAGACCACCCUUAGACCAGAGGGGACAGUUCUGGUAGACCACCCUUAGUUGGACCAGAGGGGACAGUUCUGGAAGACCACCCUUAGUUGGACCAGCGGGGACAGUUCUGGAAGAUCACCCUUAGUUG